GGAAAUGCGGGCUGCAGUAGCUGCCGCCUGUGUUGUGGCCGUGCUGUGCACGAUGGUGGCGCUUAACGAGAGGGAAAUCCAUAGCCCUGCAUUCCUCCUCCUACAGAAGCAAACUGGACCUCAGUACGCUCCUCUCCCCAGCUUCCAUGACAAGCAGGGAACCAACCGUGCUUUCUUGAACAAGGGAGACGGAGACGGUCAGAGCACCAAGAGCAGGGUUCAGAUGCUUGCUGAGAAGGCUGGACCCCAGUACGCUCCUCUCCCAAGCUUCCAUGACAAGCAGGGAACCAACCGUGCUUUCUUGAACAAGGGAGACGGAGACGGUCAGAGCACCAAGAGCAGGGUUCAGAUGCUUGCUGAGAAGGCUGGACCUCAGUACGCUCCUCUCCCCAGCUUCCAUGACAAGCAGGGAACCAACCGUGCUUUCUUGAACAAGGGCGACGGAGACGGUCAGAGCACCAAGAGCAGGGUUCAGAUGCUUGCUGAGAAGGCUGGACCCCAGUACGCUCCUCUCCCAAGCUUCCAUGACAAGCAGGGAACCAACCGUGCUUUCUUGAACAAGGGCGACGGAGACGGUCAGAGCACCAAGAGCAGGGUUCAGAUGCUUGCUGAUACUCCCAAGUUGAACUAUAUCCCUCUUCCCAAUGCUGGGGGCAUGGGCACCAACAAAGUGUUUGCAAAUGUUGGAGAUGGUUCCGGCCUUGGCCACAUGUCAAAGUUGAAUGCCGAAGGCACGAACGUUGCCUUCAUCAACAAGGGAGAUGGAUCUGGACAGAGCACCAAGGCCCUGAAGACCCAAAAGUUGUAUGAAUGGUCGGCUGAUAUGGAGGGAACCUAUCUUCCCGCAGAUCAGUUCUACACUGGCGCAGGAACCAAGCAGAUCAACAUGGCUGGACCCGCUUUUUCUCACACGGCGACGGAUGAGAACAAUCUUGGUGGAAUUCCAGGAAGCCAGCCUGCAAACAUCCUUCCCUACGCCAGCAGCUACGUGAUUGGACAUUAAGCUUGUAUAGUGGCAGUCUCACGACAAGUUCUUGUUUUGAUUUAGCAUGAAAUGUUUCUUGAUCCC